GUCACGGGAUAUCGCCGUUGCAGAAGUCAAGUUUCGUCAUGGCGAUCGCAAGUCCGAUAGUUCGAGGUGCCCUGUUUCUGAUGGCGAUUUCUUUGGUGAUCCGAGGCAGCUCGUCGCUCAAAUCGCAACCUGGGUACAAGGCCAUAGCCCACGUGACAAUCGAUGGCCAGACUGCAAAGUUCUGCAGCAACCCCGUAUGUAACCGCACAGUCACGCACUGCGAUGCCAUCCAGAAGCCAACUCAAGAUGGCUGCUACUGCGACCCAAGUUGCCGGGCUUUUGGAGACUGCUGCUAUGACUAUCAGGACAUUCGGGCCAAAUGUAAGGGCGACACGGUGUGGAAGGCACUCGGAACAAUCUUACCAGAGAUUCGACAGCGUGCUGAGUAUCUGUCAUGCAAUGGAACUCACUUCGCACAGCCAAUCUACUCGGUAUCUACGUGUCCGCCAGGUGAAGACACCAGCAUGGAGCAGCGGUGUCAGGAGGGGUACGAAUCUGGUGAUAUUUACACUCGAGUUCCAGUGACUAUUAAAGGCAUUCCAUUCAACAAUAUCUACUGCGCCCAGUGUCACAGACUGCCAUUAACAAUUGUGAAAUAUUGGCCUGUAAUAUUUGCUUGCCCGAAUACUUUCAUACAGUCAGGCCCAUUCACCCCAGAGACGGCCAUUUUCAUCAGCCUCAACACGGAGAAGAGCAGUGUUUGCAACACAACUGUUGUGGAGUCUAAAGACAAUGCUGCCCUUUAUCGGGAGUGUGAGCCCUCGAGGAGCAAGAAAAUCAAUGGAUAUCCGCCAGUUGCUGAAUGUUUCCGACGGAAACAACUGAGCCUACCGAAGUCAGUUUAUACGGAACUUGCUAGGAAUUGUUCGACCUAUGAUGCAUAUGUUUUUUCCAGCAACCCGGUCGCCCAGCGCCCUGUUUACAAAAACAUGUACUGCGCAUUCUGCCAGAACUCAACGCUUGAUGACUUGUAUUGUGAACGAAUGGAUACCACCCAAGGUAUAACAAUAGACAGUAUAGAAGAUUCUGUGCGAUCUAUGUCUUCGACGGAGACGGUCAUCAUCCCGGGCGGAUUCCGAUCCCUUCUUGAGCUUCCCGACCCAACCACAGACAAGAAAUGCGAAAAUGGUACCAUAUUCGACCCUAUCCUUGGUUCGUGUCGGUCACCAGUGCGAUGCAACAUUGGCUCUGUGGAGUGGAACGGCUCGUGCAUCUUGGAUCCAUUCCUUCCAGUUUACGGAACGCCACUUGCUGACUACGUGAAUCACAUUACCCUGUGGAUCAACACAACAUUAAAGGAGCGAAUCAGUGUGAUAUGUUCUGAUGACGACCUCGCACAGGCAGCUGACUUCCCGCUCAAAGCCCUCGCCUCUGCUGUUGAAAAGAACGUACAACAAAUGAUUGGUGUUGACAGAAAUGAGUGGUUGGAGAGUAGGACCACUGUGUACAACAAGAAUUUGAUUGAAAGCAUCGCUCUUAUUGGCGGCAAGGAAGUAGUAUUUCAACCUGGGGUAGUUGUAGAGACAAGUGUAGUUGUUCCCUCUGCGAUUAUGAAUCAGAAGGCUAUGGUGGAAGCUAUCCAAAUGAACUACCGUGUGCGACACAAGUGGGGGAUACGCUACGCCAUCUUAAACCGCGGAGUGAAGGGUGGUGUACUAAAGUGCAGUAGUGGCAACCUACUAAAAAUCUCACUCGCAGCAGGGACGGGUGUGUUUGACUACUAUGUUAUGACACAGGGGAUAGAUCCUGUCACAGUUGCGCUACAGAAAGAUGCAAUGUCUCUUAGCACCGGACAAUAUGUCAUCACAGAUGUGACUGCAUCUAUUGUCCGCCAGAUACUGAGCGUCGACAACCAGGUUUUGAUCUGUGAUGAGUACAGUCAGUUCUUUGAAGGAUGUGCUGCGAGUGUUCUGGAAUAUGACAUGAGAAACUUCACCAUACUAGGGGGUAGCGUCCUCUCCAAAGACUCCGGUCUGAGUAUUAUGAGAUCGGAUGUGGUUAUUGCUGGAGACAGGAUAUUCCUCUGUCCUCACCAUCUAGAGCAGCCUUCCUCUCUAGCCGAGGUCGUCAUCACGUACAUUGGGAUGAUUUUCUCCAUCUUGUUCCUCGUGUACCUGCUCAUCACCUAUGGAUUAUUCCCCCAGUUGCGAACUCUACCAGGAAAGAUGCUCAUGCACCUUAGUUGUUGCCUCAUUGUGGCUCAGUUAUUCUUCAUGUUCGGCCACACCGCCUUCACUAUACCAGUCCUGUGUUCUCUCCUCGGGAUGAUCCAACACUACGCCUUCCUUGCCACGUUCUGUUGGAUGAAUGCGAUUGCUAUCAACACAGUGCGGACAUUCACGUCACCUCUGGGACGCAGCUCCUCUCCUGCUAAUAAGUACCGUAUCAUCUGUGCUCUCACGUAUGGCCUUCCCUUCCUCGUGUGCGUGGCUGGUGGGAUACUAGAAUUCGGCACAGGCCUAGGCCCGUUCUAUGGAUCACGCACCUGCUGGAUGGUCCACAGACUCUACAUGAUCGCCUCCUUCGUCGUCCCAAUCGCUGCUGUAAUUGCCGCAAACCUGAUCAUCUUCGUAAUAGCUGUUGUCUCCAUCAACAAGACAACUAGGGCGACCAAGUCAACGAUAGGCAAGAAUAAUAGAGCAGAAUUCUUCAUCUACUCCAGGUUGGCCUUCUUAAUGGGAUUCACUUGGAUCUUCGGGUUCAUCGCAAUAUUUGCUGGCAAUGACGUUAUCUGGUACAUCUUCACUAUCCUAAAUACAAGUCAGGGUCUUUUCAUUGGAUUGUCAUUUGGCUGUAAUGGAAGAGUACGGAAGCUUUAUAGAAAGAAACUGGACAUGAGGAGUGAUGGUUAUAGUAGCUCUGGUUCGAACGGCCAGUCAACCAAGAUGGUGACCCAUGGAACUUCAACAUAAUAUCAUAUGCAAUAUACAUUCUAACAUUGUGAUAAUUUCGAAUCGCUUCUUGAAGAGACGCGUGACAUGAAUGAAGAACGAACAAGUCAUUUCCGAAGAUCGGGUUUCAUACGAUUCACGAUGUCACCUUUCACCCUCACGUCUACUUUCAAAUCGUAGACAGUCAACUUGUGACAAGUGACGACGUGAAUCCUUUAUACCUCCAGCCUUAGCUUUGGAUAACGACUUCAUUAUCAGCCAUAAGAAUCACAGGUCUAAUUUUCAAUUCCAGCAAUACUUGUACAGACUAAGGCAAGUUAUCAAUAUGAAAACGUUGUUAUCAUUAAAAGGCUUAUUAUAUUACCGGUAUUAUAUUUGAU